UUUUUCAGCAGCUGUGGAGACUCGCUGUCAGUUGAUCAGCGUUCGUCAUGAAGAUCGUGCUGCUGCUGCUCGUUCUCCUCACAGUCUCUGAAUGUUUCAGCUCCAGUGUUGAGGGUCAAACAGGUGAGAACGUCACUCUCACCUGUAAAUAUGACAUAAAAUACUACGGAGCUCUGUACGUUUGCUGGAUUCGAGGAGACAUACCAAGCAGGGGCUGCGGCAACCAGCUCGUCUCCACGGAUGGAUAUAAAGUGAAAGAAGAGAGCCGAGUUUCCAGCAGGUACCAGCUGACUGGACGACUGGACGAUGGCGACGUUUCUAUGACGAUAAUGAAACUCACAGAGGACGACGCUGGACGCUAUGGAUGCAGAGUGGAAAUACCCGGGUGGUUCAACGACGACAAACAUCACUUCAAUCUGACCAUUAGAGGCAAGAAGCAACUUGUUCCGUCCACAGAGUCGACAGCAACCAGUCAGACUGCAGGUCACAUGACGUCCACAGAAAGCCACCAGACGUCCUCGUCCAGCGGCGUCGGCAGCGUCGAGGAGGACAGCAAUGUGAUGGUGGUUCUGGUGUGUGUUCUGUGUGUGUUCGUGGUUCUGCUCACCGCCAGCGGACUCUUCUUUAUCGCCAGAAGAUGGAGGCGACUCAACAAAAUUCCUCAGCGGCAGAUCAGCACUUUGGCCCAGUUCAGUUCGACUUCGUCCACCCUGCAGCUCCACAGUCGAGGCUCAGCGGUGGAGAACAUCUACCAGAUCGAUGCCAGCGACUAUGAGUACUGUCCCUGAAACUCACCACCCACUGGAGGCGGGGCAGCGACGAGCUGCAAACAUGGACAUGAAAGUCAGAACAAACUGUGAAAACGAGGAGAACGUCAGGAGAGAUGCCGACCACAAACCCCAGAGAGCGCUGCUGUGGGAAACGUCCUAUCAGAGGGUUCUAAAGCCGCCAUGCCGAGUUCUGGAGGCGGCCAUUUUGUCUUUAUUCCAAUUCGACGACAGCGGACAGCAACGUGGACGACCAUUCUGGAGACUCCUCACAGGAAUAAUUUUUAUGUAUUUCUCAGGAUUUAAUUUAAUAAAACUUUAAUCAAACA